AUGGAGGCUCUCUGUUUCUCUGGGUGCAAAGUCCAGUUUCUGGCUCUGGUUUGCAAAAAUACCUCCUUUUUUGGCAUUCGGAGGCUCUCUGGAAUGUGCCUGAUUGGCAAAUUGACCUGCAGCCAUACCAGCCUGCAAGUCCGGGUUGCGGCUGGUUCAGCCCGGCCUGCCUCCCUUCUCGGUGCUCUCAGCAGCUCUGGUUCAAAAAGCUUCUCCUCUGGGAGGUUUGCCCAACAGUGUUUUUACUCUGACUUCAACGUACCUCCCAGUGCUGAAUUUGUGGCUCGGCCUGUGGGGAUAUGUUCUCUCUUCAAACUGCCCAUCCGGACCUCAGCGGAGGGUCUCGAUGCUGCUUUUGUGGGAAUCCCCCUUGAUACUGGCACUUCCAAUCGUCCUGGGGCCAGGUUUGGUCCUCGGCACAUCAGAGCUGAAUCAGUGAUGGUGAGGAGAUUUAACCCAAGCACCAGAACGGAUCCUUAUCAUUCGCUCGUAGUCGCUGAUAUUGGGGAUGUGGACGUCAACCUGUAUGACUUGAAGGACAGCUGCGGGCGAAUCCGAAAAGCCUUCCAGACGAUCGUGGCAAAUGGCUGCUUCCCCCUCACGAUGGGUGGAGACCACACAAUAACGUACCCCAUUCUUCAGGCCGUUGCAGAAAAGCAUGGUCCUGUGGGGCUGGUGCAUGUGGAUGCCCACACAGACACGGGAGACCAAGCAUUAGGAGAAAAGAUCUACCAUGGGACGCCGUUCCGGCGCUGCGUGGAUGAAGGGCUCCUGGACUGCAAACGAGUUGCUCAGAUUGGGAUCCGAGGCUCCUCCUACUCACAAGAUCCUUAUCAAUAUUGCUGGGAUCAGGGCUUCCGAAUAGUCUUAGCAGAAGACUGCUGGAUGAAGUCGCUGGUUCCUUUGAUGGCGGAAGUGAGGGAGCAAAUGGGAGACGGGCCUGUCUACAUCAGCUUUGAUAUCGACGGAAUCGAUCCUGCCUAUGCUCCAGGCACUGGGACCCCAGAAAUUGCCGGCCUUACUCCUGCCCAGGCACUGGAGAUCAUUCGAGGCUGCCGAGGACUUAAUAUCAUUGGUUGUGAUCUUGUUGAAGUGGCUCCCAUGUAUGAUCUUACUGGUAACACAGCUCUCUUGGGAGCCAAUCUGCUCUUCGAAAUGUUGUGCGCCCUCCCUGGAGUGAAGUCGACAUGAGUCAUUCCAAAGAAGUUUCUCAUUCAUGUAGAGGAUGCUGCCAGCAUCCAGGUAGACAUCUGCAGGGUAGCUGACCUUAGAACAUCUCCUGAUCCUUGUAACUUUCCUUUUGAUAACAGCCGCCUCUUCAGACAUCUAUGACGUAAGCCCUGACAAUCUCAGCUUUUCACAAUGUGACUGUUUCUAGUCCUCAUUGUUGCAGAGAGAGAAAAAAAAGUUGUGAGCAGCUAGCCUUGAGAAACCAGGUCUGGAGAUCUCCAACAAUUGCAACUUAUCUCAAAGCUAUUUUGGAGGGUGGACCAUAUGGCAAUUAUGUCACACAGAACUCCCUCCCUAAAUUCCACUCUACAACAGCGGCAGGAAUUUAGUUGGCAACCCUAAUUUCAUUUAGUGGCAACCAGCCGUCCCAUACUUGGGGCCAGCUGCAGAGCCAAUCAAGUUUCCUCAACACAGAAUGUAGUAUUUUGCACAGCAAGCAAUCAUGAAAGCGUAGAUGAGUCUGGUUUGUUUCCGAACAUGCAGGAAAUGAGAAAGGAGGCAAAGAAAUGCAUUACUGCAAAAGGGAACAGGGGAAAAGAUCAGUGGUGUCCUACGAGGAUUCUUUGCUCCCCACUCAGGAAAUUUAGUUUGGAGGUCGCAGUGGGUCAACGGCUGGCAAAAACUUCACAGGCCCGAGCACCAGGAUCACCAGCGUCAUUGUAAAACUCCACACCACCACGUGGUCACACAUUAAAAUAGUUUAUUUCA